UGUUAGUCUCAAAUGGAGAUCAAAGCUUGGUUAUGGAAGAGAUCAAGAUGAUGAGAGGAUUCUAUAAUUGGGGUUCAACCAUUGCUCAGCUGCUUAUUAUCUUCAUUCUCCUUCAUCCAACUACAGCACAAGAGGGUUUUGUGAGCUUAGCAUGUUGUGCAGACACAAACUACAAAGACAAAAACACAGGUAUUGAGUGGAAACAAGAUUCCCAAUGGUUGUUCCCAAAUGAUUCAUCAACUUGUGGAAACAUAAACAACAAUAAUAAUGAGAAAUCUCGAAUGUUUGGUAGUACUGUCAUAGGACAAAAGAGAUAUUGCUAUCAUUUAAGCACUGUAAAAGGGCAAGAAUAUUUGAUAAGGGGUACGUUUCUGGUGAACGAAUCAAGUAGUAGCGGUGGCAGGGGCGGUGACGGUGACAGCCGGGAUAAUUGGUCGUCUUUAUUUGGUGUUUAUAUUGGGAAGACGGUUCUGGGUUGGGUCAAAUCCUUCCAAGACUCGGUGGUGAUUGAAGGAAGUUUUAAAGCUGAAAGAAAUUACAUAGAUUUUUGCUUGGAGAAAAACAAUAUACAAGAUGAGGCUUAUAUGUCAUAUCUUGAGCUUCGACAACUACGGGAUUUUAGUUAUCUCUCAAGAUUUCCAUCUCACAUUUUCAAACUCAUUUCUAGACUUAAUUUGGGAGAAUCCAUAUUGGAUAUCAGAUACCCAAAUGACCCGAUCGAUAGAAUUUGGAAAGCAUCACCAUCUUCCCAAAAUGUAGGUCGAUUCUUAUCACAGCCUAAUAUCAACAUCUCUUCCAAUUCCAACUACAAUGCCUCGCUUGGCGUUCCUUUGGAAGUCCUUCGAACUGCUCUUACACAUCCCAACCACCUGGUUUUCCUCCACGAUGACCUGGACACAGCAACUUACGAGUAUCGUAUCUUUUUUCACUUUGUUGAGCUCAACCAGACUGUUGAAUCUGGCCAAAGAUUGUUUGACAUUUACAUUAACAAUGAAAAGAAAGCAAUAAAUUUUGACAUUCUAGCUCAUGGGUCCAAUUACAAAUGGGAAUUUUAUGACGUUCUGGCUAAUGGGUCACUUAAUUUGACCUUGGUUAAGGCUUCAGUCGGGUCUGAGUUAGGACCCAUUUGCAGUGCUUAUGAGAUUAUGCAGGUGCGCCCAUGGAUUCAGGAGUCUGGCGAGAAUGAUGUUGAAAUAAUUCUGAAGGUGAGAGAUGAAUUGUUGGUUGCUAACCAACAAAAUGAAGUGUUGGGUAUUUGGUCGGGGGAUCCUUGUCUUUUGAUUCCAUGGAACGGUCUGGCUUGUGACUCCAUCAACGGAUCCUCUGUUAUCACCAAACUGGACCUCUCUGAGCAUGAAUUCAAAGGAUUGUUUCCUGGCAGUUUACCUAAGCUGGCCCAUUUACAAACUCUGGAUCUCAGCAACAACGACUUCACUGGAAACAUUCCAUCAUUUCCCACUUCUUCAGUGUUGAUAUCAGUGGAUCUGAGGCACAAUGAUUUUACGGGAGAACUCCCUGAAUCUCUUGCUUUGUUGCCACAUUUGAUAACCUUAAACUUUGGCUGCAAUCCUAACUUUGGCAAGGAGCUUCCACCCAGCUUCAACAUGUCAAGACUUACUACAGACUAUGGAACAUGUGAUCAUUCAGAAUCAACAUUUCCGAGAAAAGGAAUUGUUAUAGGAACAGUUGCGAGUGGAUCAGUUCUAUUUACCAUUAUUUUUUGUGUCAUUUAUGUGUACUGUUGCAGACAGAAAUUUGUGUUUAGGGGAAGAUAUGACUUGAAAAGAGAGCUUAUGAUGAAAGAUAUAAUCAUUUCUCUACCCAGCACAGAUGAUGCCUUUAUAAAAUCAAUAUGCAUACAGUCAUUUACUCUCAAGUACAUUGAAGCUGCUACCCAGCAAUACAAAACCUUAAUAGGUGAAGGAGGGUUUGGAUCUGUUUAUCGUGGUACUUUGUCUGACGGUGAGGAAGUGGCUGUAAAGGUCCGUUCUGCCACAUCUACUCAGGGAACACGAGAAUUUGAAAAUGAGCUAAACCUGCUUUCAACUAUUAGGCACGAGAACCUGGUACCACUUCUUGGUUAUUGCUGUGAAAACGACCAACAAAUUCUUGUUUACCCUUUCAUGUCAAAUGGAUCACUGCAAGAUCGUCUUUAUGGUGAGCUGGCGAAGAGGAAGACACUGGACUGGUCCACUAGACUUUCAGUUGCACUUGGUGCUGCCAGAGGUUUGACGUAUCUUCACACAUUUGCUGGGCGAUGUGUUAUACAUAGAGAUGUAAAAUCAAGCAAUAUACUUCUAGAUCAUAGCAUGUCUGCCAAGGUUGCAGAUUUUGGGUUUUCAAAAUAUGCACCUCAAGAGGGUGACAGUGGUGCUUCCCUGGAGGUCAGAGGAACUGCUGGAUAUUUGGAUCCUGAGUAUUAUACGACCCAUCAUUUGUCUGCUAAAAGUGACGUGUUCAGCUUUGGCGUUGUUCUCCUUGAAAUCAUAUGUGGUCGGGAGCCUCUGAACAUUCAUAAACCACGCAAUGAAUGGAGCUUGGUUGAAUGGGCCAAAACUAAUAUAAGGGAGUCGAAGAUUGAGGAGAUUGUGGAUCCUUCCAUCAAAGGAGGCUACCAUGCAGAGGCAAUGUGGAGAGUGGUGGAGGUGGCAUUGGCAUGUAUUGAACCUUACUCAGCCUAUCGACCCUGCAUGGCUGACAUUGUGCGCGAGCUAGAGGAUUCCUUAAUCAUAGAGAACAAUGCUUCAGAAUACAUGAGGUCCAUAGACAGUUUUGGAGGUUCCAAUCGUUUUUCAAUGGUUGUGGACAGAAAGGUAGUUCAACCACCCACUCCAACUCCGACAGAGCCAUCACCAAUCUCUCAUGAGUUGGCCCCGCCCGAGCCAAGGUAGUCUUUGAUGAAACUAGAUAACUAGGUAUUGCUAGGCUAGUUUAGUCUACAGAUAGUGAGGAUUCAUGGACACCAUUUGAGGAAUGCUGAAAAAGUAUGUUCGCACUUUCAUGAAGUCUACUUGUUAGAAUAUAUAUGCGAGAUGCAUGAUACAUGAUGCAUUCCAUGGUACAUUUGUUUAGUACAUUUCUAGUGAAGCUUAUUUUAUUAAGGUGCAAAAA